AUGAAGACUGCCAUUGCGUCGAUCCUUGUGCUGGCUUCGGCUGUCCUUGCGGGCCCUGAUUUGUCCGUAAACACUGGGCGUUCUAUCGGAAAUCUAAUCACAGGCAAUUCGCUACAGCUUGGAAAGAGACAGAGUUCCGUGAAGGAUUCACUUACAGGCAACAAUACCGAUCCGGGUAUCGGCUACUUCGAGCAGCCAAUAGAUCACAACAACCCCAGCCUUGGAACAUUCAAGAUACGAUAUCUUUGGAGUAAUGAGCAUUGGAAAGGCCCAGGUUCUCCAAUCGUCGUCUUCACCCCUGGCCAGGCCAAUAUAUCCAGCUACUAUGCCAUUUUCGACAAGUUCAACGAGACCUUGAUGUACCAAAACACCGCCCAGCUAGCCUACGAAGUCGGUGCCGCUUUGGUGCUUGUUGAGAAUCGAUACUAUGGCGAGUCUUCGCCGUACGAGGAGUUGACUACUGCAAACCUACAGUACUUGAAUCAAGACCAAGUCAUGCACGACUUGGUCAACUUCGCCAAAAACGCCAAGUUACCAUUCAGUCCUAACAGCACCGCUUCCAACGUCCCCUGGAUUCUUACUGGCGGCUCAUACUCCGGUGCUGUGGCUACCUAUGUUGCUGACAAGCUCCCUGGUACCUACUGGGCUUACUACACCUCCAGUGCUGUGGUGCAGUCUCAGGAUGAGUUUUGGAAAGCAAACUUGGCUUUCCAGAAGUAUGGGCCGAAGAAUUGCACAAAAGACGUUGCGGCCGUUGUCGGUCACAUUGACCAAGUCUUCUCACGUGGCAUCGAGAGCGAAAAAGUCGCCAUCAAAACCAUGUUUGGCAUGAAAAACCUCACACACGACUAUGACUUUCUCCAGGUCCUUGCCGGUGAUCCAGCAUUGUGGGCUGGCCAGAAAUUGUACUAUAGAACAGAAGCAGAAAACCGGGACUUCAAUGACAUAUACAAAUGGUGUGAUGCCAUCGAAGGUGCUUGGGAUACAGUCACACAAAAUUACACCAACGCUACCCUUCCUGGUGCUGAAGGUGUAGGCAUGCAGAAAGCGCUCAAAAACUGGGCAGGCUGGUGGACAAAUGUCUUGCUCCCCACUUACUGCUUGGAUAGAUUUGGAAGUUAUUACCCUGGACUUUACGAGGAGAACAGUACCUACUGUCUCGAGUCGGUCGACCCUAAUGAUCCGUUUUUCACCGACUUGAGGGUUCGAAAUCCCUGGGUUCGACAAUCUUGGUGGAUGCAAUGUAACGAGGCUGCGUAUACAUGGGCGGGUGCACCCAAAGGAGUCCCCACCGUCGCCAGCAGUCUGCUCACAGUUGCUGAAUUCACCAGAAUAUGCAAGAAAUUGUUUCCCACAGGGCCCAAAGGGGAGAAGGUUGGCAGGCGCACGCAAGACCAGUACAACGCCCACUUUGGCGGGUGGAACAUCAAAGGCACCAAGCGACUGCUUCAUGUUAAUGGCGAAAUGGACUACUGGUUACCGGCUACUUUUGCGGCUCCCCAACGACCCGGCGGUCCUCUACAGAGCACACCUGAAGUUCCUACGUGGGUCAUUCCGGGCGGGCUGCAUUGUACUGAUUUCAACAUGUGGGAUGAAGGUCGUUACAAUAAAGAUGUUUUAAGGGUAACUGGUGAGGUUCGUGCUCAGCUCAGGAAGUGGAUAUCUGAAUGGCCGGGUUACCACGGGAAGAUACCAUCGAUAUAGCUUUCCGUGACGUACAAUGGAACGGGGCUUUAGGCGUCAUUGUAUGGAUAUGGAGAUUGUGUUGCACGAAUAUGCAUAGUAGCUGGUAGCAUCACAGAUCAAGACCCUUGUAUGGAUAAAA